GGCUCCCGGGCGAGGUGGGGAGCGCUGCCCGCCCGCCCCGCUAGUGGAGCGGGCAGGGGCAGCCGGCGGAGAGCGUAGGGAGGUAUCAGGAGUUAAGAUGACAUAGAAAAGUAUUCAAAGUAUGGACUGUGAAAUUAACUCCUUCAACUUCAUACUGAAAGAAGGUAAACUGAAACUCCAAAAAUGAUGACCUGCUCAUUGGCAAGUUACAGGAAAAGCACAUACAGGGGAACUAAAUAAGGACUGUGGUAUGAGGGUUUUGCCAGAUAAACUGUCCAAAAGAGCUAUUUACCUGGAGGCUGUUAUGUUAAAUUAUUGAGCACUGCACUGUGUGACCCUCACUAAUACCCCAGCACUUCUGCGUAUGAAAUGCUUCAAAAGAAGAAACUGCUGUGGCUUAUUUGCAACUGAAGUGAAUUACAUUGGAUAUAAAAGAGUAAUGCAGGGUGCAGAGGGCAGUGCAGCUUGAACAGUCUUACCACACCAAUGGAAAAAACUUCUGGUUUACAGCAAAAUAUGACAUCUGUAUUUUUGUACAUUGGUCAUCUCAUUGUACUGAUACCUCUCUUCAGUGCUGAAGGGUGUGUUAUUUGUGAUUACUUUGUGCUUGUUGGAGAGCCUAUAGCUAUUACUUGCCCAAUAAUUACAUUGCCAGCACUUCACUCUGAAUACAAUUUGACAUGGUAUAAAAAUGGUAGUGCUGCAGCAGUGACCACAGAGAGAGAUGCCAGGAUCCACCAGCGAGAGGGCUUGCUUUGGUUUAUUCCUGCUGUGCUGGAAGAUUCUGGACUUUAUGAAUGCAAUGUAAGGAGCCUUAACCACUCUAACAAAAAAACUAUAAACUUAACGGUUUUUAAAAACGAUAAUGGAUUGUGCUUUAAUGGAAGAAUGAAGUUUGAACAAAAAGUGAUGAGCACGAAUACUGGAAAGAUUAUAUGUCCUGAUCUAGAACAAUUUAAAAAUGAAGACAAUAAUCAGCCUGAAGUACAUUGGUAUAAGGAGUGUAAACCUGGAUUUCUUGAAGACAAGCGGCUUCUUUUGGCAGAGGGUGAAAAUGCUGUUUUGAUUCGUAAUGUAACUGUGCAAGACAGAGGAAACUACACGUGCCGUAUGGUGUACACAUAUAUGGGGAAACAAUUUAAUGUUUCAAGAACCAUAAGUCUAGAGGUUAAAGAAAAACCACUGCAGAUGCAACCAGAGUUUAUUUAUCCAAGGAACAAUACAAUUGAAGUAGAACUUGGCUCUCAUGUAGUUAUGGAGUGUAAUGUAUCAAGUGGCAUAAAUGGCUUGAUUCCAUUCUGGCAAGUUAAUGAUGAGGAUGUUGAUAUCUUUGAUAAAACCUACAGGGAACACUUUUAUGAAGAGGGAUUGCCUCAUGGACUUGCUGUAUCUGGAACAAUAUUUAACAUUUCAAAAGUGAAAUUAAAGGACUAUGCUCAUAAGUUCUUCUGCCACUUCAUAUAUGGUUCUCAACAAUUUACAGCGUACAUCAAAUUGGAAUACCCAGCUCGAAACAUUCAAGGGUACUUAAUUGGAGGAGGAGUUUCCUUGGUAUUUUUAGUAUUUUUUACUCUCUUCAUCUACAAGAUCUUCAAAAUUGAUAUUGUGCUUUGGUAUCGGGACUCCUGCCAUCUCUUCCUGGGGAAAAAAGUUUCAGAUGAGAAGAUCUAUGAUGCUUAUGUUCUGUAUCCAAAGAACAGAGAAAGCUGCUUGUAUUCAUCAGAUAUUUUUGCUCUGAAGAUACUGCCAGAGGUCUUAGAAAGGCAGUGUGGAUAUAACCUCUUCAUACUUGGGAGAGAUGAUUUACCAGGAGAAGCUGUGAUCAGCGUUGCUGAUGAAAAAAUCCGUCAAAGUAGAAGAGUGAUAAUUGUUUUAGUACCAGAGCCCUCCUGUUACAGCAUUCUGGAAGAUGAGUCUGAAAAGCAGCUAGCCAUGCAUAGUGCUCUUAUCCAAGAUGGCAUUAAAGUAAUUCUCAUUGAACUUGAAAAAAUACAAGAUUAUGCAACCAUGCCAGAAUCCAUCAGAUAUAUUAAGCAAAAGCAGGGGGUUAUCCGAUGGAAAGGGGACUUUUCAGAAAGGUCCCACUCAGCAAGAACCAGAUUCUGGAAGAAAGUGCGCUACCAGAUGCCAUCCAGAAAAAGUGGCUCUUUACCACAAUUGCAUUUGUUACCAAAAGACUUGAAUAACAAAUGAGAAAUGACACUUAAGGACUGAUUUCAGUUCACACAGUUGGUGAUGGAUUGACUGAAGGUCCCAUGUAUCUGUUUUGUGCAAUCUCAUCCACAUUUACUGGAGUGGAGAUACUACAGUUUCAUCUCCAGAUGUGAAUCGUUUUUACUUCUGGCUGGAUCAACAGAACACCAUGAAAUAUCAUCAGUAGCACAUGUAGGAAGGACACAAGUAGUUUUCCAAGAAUGAUUCUGUGAAAUUCCCUUGUAUUAAAAAUGAAAGGACAAAAAAUUGUCAAAAACCUGAAGCCAAUGAAGAAAAUUUGAUUUUUUUUCCUGCAAUUAAAGUUUCAAUAUGAAGGGAAUUACACUGAUUAUUGUUGUAAUACAGGUAAUGUGCAUGGCUGGUGCCAGUAAAUGUUUGUUUCUUUUUUUUUUAAUGAAAUGACACAAACCUUUUCUUUGUUACAAGUUUGUUACUUGCCUUGUUCAAUUUGAGGAAAGAUAAAUCCCCAUGUUACUGCAUCAGUGUGUUAUCAUCCAGGAGAAUUCACAGAAUUCACAUGCAGGAGAAAAGGUAAGAGACAAUUCCAGCCCUCUAAAAGUGCUGUUGAACCCGACAAAGCUUAAAUACUCUUCCUUGAUCUUUUUUACAUUUGAAAGAUCAAUGCCAAUUUUAGUCACUUGUCACAUGCGGUUAAUGUAAAAAUACCUUUGUAAUCUGUAUCAAGUCAAAAAAAUAAUCUCCAGAGAACUUUUUCUUUCCAGUUAAAUGGCUUAAUAUAUUUAUUUACCCAAAUGGAACAAUUGGCUAAUGAUACAGUCUGUCAUGGGAGGUACUGGAUGAUUGACUUCAUCCACCUUACCUUAAGGACCAUGUCAAGGGGCAGAGAGAGAGAGAGAUGCCCCUGUGUUACCCCCUGCAGCUGCUUGCUUUUCUCCUUUCCCUCUGCUCUGAUAUGUAAGGAAUCUGAGAUGAUUGUGUGCUGGAGGCUACAGUCACAGCUUUCCAAACAAAGGGAAAGGAAGCUGUGUAAAAUGUUGUAUCCUUUCUCUUUCAUUUUAAAAUAUUUUUAAUAGUAUUUUAUAUACCAAGUGUUAACUCUAGUUAUGUUUGACUUGUAGGCAGUGAUGUAGUUUGCGAUGAUCAAUUCUUUUUUUGAGGCAGGGAAUUGAUUUGAAUGAUUAGGAAAAUUCAUCAGAUCUCUUUAAUGCUAUGGUUAUAGCUAUUAAUUUUAUAGAAACAGGAGAUGAGAGCCAAAUUUCCCAUGUAAUUUCAGUCUGUCCUUGAACGUUACGCUUUUAGGCUGUGAGAUUUUGUUGUAUAGGGAAGCCUCAGGAGUUGACUGUUACUGCUGCUUGCAACUCUGGAUUUCUGUGUCCUGUCAGCUUCUUUCUUGCAGCACCUUUUGCUCUCCUACCAUUCAAACUCCAACCUAUAUUUUCUCUUUCAGCUCCUUUAUCUUGAAACAAGCAGCUUGCUUUUGUGUCAAACUUCAUCACUUUUCAAGCUCUGAUUGAAGGCUCUUGCAAAUUAGGCAGAAAUUUUCCCUCUGGAAUCUCCACUUGUUUGUGUGAAAAAAAUUAUAUUCUGCAACCUUCAGAAUCUAUCUAUUGAUUUACACACUGCAGUGUUGGCUUUUCUUCUUUCAUGGCUCAAGCAAUUUUCUUAUGCCUCAAUACUCAACCAAACAAAACUGUUCUGGCUGAUAAGUGACAAAACCAGUGCAAGUAAGUUCUUUUCCCAACUAAAUUAAGUGUGUGCUGGAAACUAGAAACAGUGCUUUUGAGAGACAGUGUCUUCUGAGCUUUGUGAGUUAUGUGUGUGUUUGGCCAGAAUGGAAUAAGAAUCUUUUCAUUCCAGGAGGAAGGCGGGAAAGUACAUUUGAAAUGUCAGACUAAUUCAAACUGCUAUGGUACUGAAGUGUUUUAUUGAUGAAUGUCAUGUAUUACAGACCUAUGCAGAUGCACAUAGUCUUUUCUCAUUCUGUGUUUUAGUCACAAGAGAAGUGUCAAGGCAUGAUCAGUCCUAAUCAUGGAGUGUUUAGCAUUUACUUAGCUGUUCAUGCUCUCUGCCUUUAAAUAUGGUGUGUGUUCAGUGGCAGCCUGUUGUAGGGUAAAAGAGCCUUGAGAUCCAUCUGAAGUCACUGAAAACCAUCUGAACAAGUCUAAUUGUUACAGUUCACAUUGAUAGAAGAAUCAAAUAGUACAGGAGCUGUAUGGUUUAGUCACAAAACUCUUCUUUGAGAAAUCCCUGUAUCAAAUGUGAAGACCAGACAUUGGCAUUAUGGUAUUUGUACUCUGAGAACUGGGGUGUAACACUGAUUUUGUGCUUUCACCUUGACAGCUCACAGUAUGCAGGCCAGCCAACAGAGUUCCAGCAACCUCAAUCCUAAUUACUUCUGCUGAGUGGAACAGAUUGAAAGGAGAACUGCUACUUGUUAUCCCUAACUUUAGGAAUGGAAGGUUAUUUUGCUGAGCCAAAAUAGUGUUUUAAAAAUAUUUGUUCCUUUUGAUAUAUUUAUAUAAAUAAUGCUAAAGUUUUCAUGUGUGUUAUGUAAAGGCACUUUGAGGAAGAGUCCAUUUUAAAAUUUAAUAAAGGCACUACAUAUUUUUU